CUAGCAGGUUCGAGCGGCCCGGACGCCGGCGGGGCGGCCGAGGCUGCUGUGAGAGGGCGCUCGAGACUGCUGGAGAGCGAACCAGCGAAGGAGGCGGGGAGGCGGCGGCCGCGCUCGCUCGCCUGCUCGUUCGCUUCCCGGCGCCGCUGCGGGUCGGCCGCUGCGCUUCCGACUGGCCUGCCGCUCCGUUGCGCGCCGCCAGAGCAGCCGCCCAACAGCCGGGUCCCGGCUGGGUUCGGAGUCUUGCGCGCCCGCGGACUCUGAGCGGAGGGCGAGUCCGCGCCACACCUGUGGAGCCGGCGGCCGUCGGGGGUGCCGGCCGAGGUCCCGCCGCGUGCGUGCUCGGGGCUGCAGGCCGGCCGGGCCCCGGGCGAGGCGCGCCCCCCAGCUGGGCGCCGCGGGCACCAUGGGGCUCCCCGCUCUCGAAUUCAGCGACUGCUGCCUCGACAGCCCGCACUUCCGAGAGACGCUCAAGUCGCACGAAGCGGAGCUGGACAAGACCAACAAAUUCAUCAAGGAGCUCAUCAAGGACGGGAAGUCACUCAUCAGCGCUCUCAAGAAUUUGUCUUCAGCAAAGCGGAAAUUCGCAGAUUCCUUAAAUGAAUUUAAAUUUCAGUGCAUAGGAGAUGCGGAAACAGAUGAUGAAAUGUGUAUAGCCAGGUCUUUGCAGGAGUUUGCCACUGUCCUCAGGAAUCUUGAAGAUGAACGGAUACGGAUGAUUGAGAAUGCCAGUGAGGUGCUCAUCACCCCCUUGGAGAAGUUUCGAAAGGAGCAGAUUGGGGCUGCCAAGGAAGCCAAAAAGAAGUAUGACAAGGAGACAGAGAAGUAUUGUGGCAUCUUAGAAAAACACUUGAAUUUGUCUUCCAAAAAGAAAGAAUCUCAGCUUCAGGAGGCAGACAGCCAAGUGGACCUGGUUCGGCAGCAUUUCUAUGAAGUAUCCCUGGAGUAUGUCUUCAAGGUGCAGGAAGUCCAAGAGAGGAAGAUGUUUGAGUUUGUGGAACCUCUACUGGCAUUCUUGCAAGGACUCUUCACUUUCUAUCACCACGGUUAUGAACUGGCCAAGGAUUUUGGCGACUUCAAGACACAGCUGACCAUUAGCAUACAGAACACACGAAAUCGCUUUGAAGGCACCAGGUCAGAAGUGGAAUCACUGAUGAAAAAGAUGAAGGAGAAUCCCCUCGAGCAUAAGACCAUCAGUCCCUACACCAUGGAAGGGUACCUCUACGUUCAGGAGAAACGUCACUUUGGAACCUCUUGGGUGAAGCACUACUGUACGUAUCAACGAGAUUCCAAACAAAUCACCAUGGUACCAUUUGACCAAAAGUCAGGAGGAAAGGGGGGAGAAGAUGAAUCAGUCACCCUGAAAUCCUGCACACGGCGGAAAACAGACUCUAUUGAGAAGAGGUUUUGCUUUGACGUAGAAGCAGUAGACAGGCCAGGGGUUAUUACCAUGCAGGCAUUGUCAGAAGAGGACCGGAGGCUCUGGAUGGAAGCCAUGGAUGGUCGGGAACCUGUCUACAACUCGAACAAAGACAGUCAAAGCGAAGGGACUGCACAGUUGGACAGCAUUGGCUUCAGCAUAAUCAGGAAAUGCAUCCACGCCGUGGAAACCAGAGGGAUCAAUGAGCAAGGCCUCUACCGGAUUGUGGGGGUCAAUUCCAGAGUGCAGAAGCUGCUGAGUGUGCUGAUGGACCCCAAAACAGCUUCUGAAACAGAAACGGAUAUCUGUGCCGAAUGGGAGAUAAAGACCAUCACGAGUGCUUUGAAGACCUACCUAAGAAUGCUUCCAGGACCACUCAUGAUGUACCAGUUUCAAAGAAGUUUCAUCAAAGCUGCAAAGCUGGAGAACCAGGAAUCUCGGGUCUCUGAAAUCCACAGCCUUGUUCAUCGGCUCCCAGAGAAAAAUAGGCAGAUGUUACAGCUGCUAAUGAACCACUUGGCAAAUGUUGCUAACAACCAUAAGCAGAAUUUGAUGACAGUGGCAAACCUUGGCGUGGUGUUUGGACCCACCCUGCUGCGACCUCAGGAAGAAACAGUAGCAGCCAUCAUGGAUAUCAAAUUUCAGAACAUUGUCAUUGAGAUCCUAAUAGAAAAUCAUGAAAAGAUAUUUAACACCGUGCCUGAUACGCCUCUCACCAAUGCCCAGCUGCACCUAUCUCGGAAGAAGAGCAGUGACUCCAAGCCCCCGUCCUGCAGCGAGAGGCCCCUGACGCUCUUCCACGCCGUGCAGUCCACAGAAAAACAGGAACAAAGAAACAGCAUCAUCAACUCCAGUUUAGAAUCUGUCGUCUCAUCAAAUGCAAACAGCAUCCUCAAUUCCAGCAGCAGUUUACAGCCCAACAUGAACUCCAGUGACCCAGACCUGGAUGUGCUCAAACCCACCCGGCCCAACUCACUCCCCCCGAAUCCAAGCCCAACUUCACCCCUCUCGCCAUCUUGGCCCAUGUUCUCGGCGCCAUCCAGCCCUAUGCCCACCUCAUCCACGUCCAGCGACUCAUCCCCCAUCAGGUCUGUUGCAGGGUUUGUUUGGUUUUCUGUUGCUGCCGUUGUUCUCUCAUUGGCUUGGUCCUCUUUUCAUGCAGUGUUCAGCCUCCUCGUCAACUUUGUUCCCUGCCAUCCAAACCUGCACUUGCUUUUUGACAGGCCAGAAGAACUGGUUCGUGAAGACUCCAGCACACCGUUCCGGAAGGCGAAAGCCUUGUAUGCCUGCAAAGCUGAACAUGACUCGGAACUCUCAUUCACAGCAGGCACGGUCUUCGAUAAUGUGCAUCCAUCUCAGGAGCCUGGCUGGUUGGAGGGGACUCUAAACGGAAAGACUGGACUCAUCCCUGAGAACUACGUGGAGUUCCUCUAACCGUGGGCCCCAGCAGAGCUGCUGAGCUUUCCGGGGUAUCCAUGACAACUGCUGAGUCCAGAGUUGUAGGCCAUUUCUCUUUGCCACUGAGAAAUGCAGGGUGACUGACUCUGCUGCUACCUGUCAACAUGAAUGUUUCUGUGAACUCUGGUGUCAGCCAUCCCCAUGAUCAUCUCAGCUGACGUGUGGUGGCACUACAAGAAACAGAAGUAAAUCAGCAGUGGAGGCCAUUUGAUUUUGAUUAACCGAGAGAAAGGCUUGCAAAGCCAUUUCUCUCAUUUAGCACCCAAAUAGGGAGGGCUCAUUUUGUUUCAACAGUCAUCCAAACCCCCAACCUUCUGAAAAAGGAGGGAAGUAAGAUAUAAGUAGUUUCCAAGAGCCUGCAGUGUAGCUGAGUCGGACAGGCCUGGGCAGGGGCUCUGAGAUCCAGGCUGCGUCCAUUGCUUUUGUUUACAGUAGACACUCUCUCGACUCCACCUCUGAAGACUUGAGACCCACAGUGCUACAGGCAGCUGGGUCUGUUUGUUUGCAUGCAGGAUGGAGAGGGGUUACGGCUCCGUUUACAGAAGACCCAAUCUCUCACCAUCUCUAAAGCAGCCGUUGGCCCAGCGUCAGCAGAAUUCAGUCCAGUCCUGUCAUGCAAGGGAACACACACACCCCAUGUUCCCCCCUCCCGAGCUAGGCACUUCUCUGCCACUGAGGGCUGCCAUCACCUUGUAACCACAGCAACCCAGCCUACUCUAAAACCAAACCAAAAAAAUAACACACUCUCUUUGCGUGACAUAUUUUUUUCUCCCCCCAUUUUGGUAGUUUUUUGAAUGGUGUUCCAACAACCUGAAGCAGAAAAUCAAGGAAUCAGAAUGGUCUACUCGGGGCAGACAGAAUAGCAGCUGGGAACUGCUCCCUUUCUGAUGAAUUUCAGCAGCAUCAGGAUAUAUUUGGAGCCAACUCUAGUAAGCUCUUGAGAUUAAAUGAAACAGGCUCAGUAUUUCUGUUCUUCCAUGCAACUAGUGUUUGCUUUCUAGAGGGCAAUGUGCUGGCCCCCAACGGGUGACACCCUCCCUUUGACUCAUUCCCUCAUGACCUCCUGAUCACCUGUCCCUCCCCCUGCCCUUCCUCCUCCAGCCCAUCACUGACCAGCCCCCGGGCAGUUCCCUGGGCUGCUGAGCACUGGUGCCCUGGCAGUUUUCAGGGAAGAUUCCUGGGCUAACCCUAUGACCUGUAGUUUAACAGGACACGUAUGUCCACUGCCACUCAGAAAAAGGGAAUUGUUUCUCAGGCUUUUGAGGCAUGAGACUAAUGUCAUAAGCCAUUGUGAUUCAGGAGGACACCAAAAGGUUGGGGCGUGGGAGGUGGGAUGGGUACCUUCUAAAAGAAUUUCCUGGUCCAGAAGCGGCUAGGUCUUGUGGAAGACUGCCUUGGGUGGGAAGUUCGGCCUGGACAUUUCGGAUACACUUGGCCUCCAAAGAACAGAGUCCCCAAUAUCUUCCACAUUUGAAUGUCCUCACAGGAGUGACUCUGGGCAGACAAACUCCAAACUGAUGGACUGUCAAGCUCCCCAGGAGCCCCUCGGGAUGGCAGCGUUGCUCCAGAGUGUUUCCUGCUUCUGGAAUUCCUCUUUAGGGAAGUUUAAAGAAGAAAAGAAAAACUUGAAUUGUGUUGAAUUACUGUAUCUUUUACUUUUUUUUUGAAAAGAUAAACUUGUAAAUAGAGUGAUUUGAAAUCCUA